ACGGUGUUCGCAACAAGCAGCUAAGAUGCGGCCUGCACAACCCGCUACAGUUUUACUUCUUUUUAUGGUCGGGACGGCGCUUGCACAAGUAAAGAUACGCCUUGGCCGAAUGCAGACAGCUCGAGAGAAUAUGGCAGUAAACAAGCUUCCACUUGGACGGCUGUGGCCUCCGGUGCUCGGAAGGCCUCACGGAGAGGGCAUCAUAAGCGAAAGCUUGAGAAACUUUCUGGACGCUCAGUAUUACGGCAACAUAAGCAUUGGAACGCCACCGCAGACCUUCAGAGUAGUGUUCGACACCGGCUCUUCAGAUCUAUGGGUACCUUCGGCUAGGUGUCCGGCAGAGAGUGUGGCUUGUAGGGCCCACGACCGAUACGACUGCUACGGCUCGGAGACGUACGCGGAGCACGGCCGUCCAUUCCUCAUCAGCUACGGCAGCGGCAGUGUCGUGGGAAAAAUCAGCCGCGACGUUGUGGCACUGGGAGAGUGCCGAGUGCGGAACCAGUACUUCGGCGAGGCCUGGACGAUGAUCGGCGACCUGUUCAUCUCCUCCAAGUUCGAUGGCGUACUCGGCCUAGGCUACCCGUACAUUGCGAUGAUGCCCGGCCUGCCGCUUUUCGACAACAUGAUGGAGCAGGGUGUCGUGGCGCAGCCCCUGUUCUCGGUGUACAUCAAGAGGGACGCGAGCAGUAGUGAUGGUGGCGAAAUUCUCUUCGGCGCCGUAGACAGCGACCGCUACGAAGGCAACCUCAGCUACGUGCCCGUCAGCGUGAAGGGAUACUGGCAGUUCGACAUGGACAGCGUCCAAGUUGGAUACAACAACAGUUUCUGCCGUGGCGGUUGCCAGGCUAUUGCAGACACAGGUACCAGUGCGAUAACUGGGCCAGUGGAGGAGAUCCGACGGCUGAACGAUAUGAUUGGUGCCACACGGUCUUCGUACGAUUUGCUCGUCGUAGACUGUGAAAGCCUGCGCACCCUGCCGAAGAUUGCCUUCAUAAUUGGAGGGAAGCGGUACGUGCUGAGACCGAAGGACUACAUUCUUCAGUGGGAACUGGAUGGCGAGAAGACGUGCCUGAGCGGAUUCAUGGGCCACGACACGAAGACUUCGCUCUGGAUUCUGGGAGACGUCUUCCUCGGUCGCUUCUACACCGUGUUUGACCGCGGAAACGACCGCCUCGGAUUCGCCAAGGCGCGCUAACCGCCUGUUUUGCGGAGCCCACACCGGUGGGAGGACAGAUACGUGGCACCGGCCUCCUUGACGCUGUUCCAGUCACUGUGUGACGGUUCGUAAUAAAUACAUGGUUGGGCUAUGACGUGUGGACAUCCGCCGAGAUUCGCCUUC